ACCAGUGACAGAACGGCAGCUGGGUAAGAUGUGGAUGUCCGCUUUUCUCUUUGCACUUUUAGGAACGGGUGUUUAUUCCCACCAAACAGUACCGGACACUGGUUCCACACAAUUCCUGAUCCCAACUGCAGGACAGAACACUGGUUCUACACAAAUCUCGACCCAAACUAAAGAGAAUCUCGCGUUAAGAGGACGGUCUGUUCAGUCAUCAACGGAUUUUGAUUGGGUAGCUGCACAUGCCAUUGACAGUAUAACCCUUGACUCUUGCACCCAUACGGACAAAUCUAACAACCCCUGGUGGAGGCUGGACCUUCUGAAGUCUUACCCCAUCUCUAGAGUUAUCGUCACUAACAGAGCAGGCUGGUGUGCCGAUCGACUCGACGGAGCGGAAAUUCAUAUCGGAAACUCUCUGGAGAACAACGGCAACAAUAAUCCCAGAUGUGCUGUGUUAAACGCUGUUUCACUCGGGGAGUCCGUGUCUGUGUCCUGUGAUAUGGAGGGGCGAUAUGUGAAUGUCUUUUUACCUGGAACUUCUAAAAUUCUCACUCUGUGUGAGGUGGAGGUGUAUGAGGCAGAUUAUAUGAAGAAAGCGUUUGUGAUGAUGAAGUUUGUGUCCAGUGUGAAUGUGACCGAUCCAGCAGUGAGCAGUGAACUUCUGAACCAGGUGACGACUGUUCUGACAUCUAAAGGACUUUCUAAUUUCACUCUGACCUGGACGAAACCUCCUCAGGACGUGAAACAGGACGGAAUGUGAAGCAAGAUGAGCAAGGAAGUGUUUUAAUGUCUUUUUUUUUUGCUUAAUAUGUACACAUGAUUGACAGUCUUUCUCGUUUUAUUUACAGGUCCCCAUGUUAAAGAACCUGAGGAAAUGAAGUGAAAAAUGAAUCUAUUUAUUUACUUAUUAUUAUCAAACCUGAUGUCACGGGAACUUGUAACUGUUUUACGAGGUGGCUUAUUCGAAUAAAUUCAGACAACGUGAACGUACAAAAACGUAAGAUUAUUAGAAAAAAGCAAUACGGAAGCCCCUCCCUUAACCCCGCCCCUAAACCAAACGUGCGAAUAAGAUCGUACAUAUUCAUACAAAUUAGCCAGCUCGUAAAAUAGUUAGGAAUCUCUUGAGAUUGUGUCGGUUAUGUUUGUUUGUUAGCUUUUAAUUAUUGUAAAGCGAUUAGGGGUGUACUUUGUUUUCCCUGUCGUUUUGUUCUGAUUUGUAGUUGAUCAAUAGUUUUUAUAGGGUUUGAGACUAAAGCCGUGAUGUACUAUUCAGUAGUUGCU